CCCGUCUCGCUGCUUCGGCUUCAUUUUUUUCCUCUCUUUUUUAAAUUCCUCAGCCCUUGACUUUCAGAUUAUUGUGGGAUUAAAUAUUCAGCCCUCGGAAACCCCUGUUCAAAUGUCAUUUCCCCCCCAGGAGUGUACUGAGACUGAAACUUUAACCAAAAUAACACCCAGGAGGAAGCAGUGAAGGAGAAAAGAGGGCUGGAAGAGGAAGGAAUAGAGGAGACUGAAGGGCAGAUGGCUUCACUGCUCGAAAACACAAACAGCUGGAUGAAUAAAACAUUUGAGUAGAGAGCGAGUCGUGACAUCUGGCUGAGGAGUGAGUGACUCGCGUUGCCGCUCUCCUUCUUUCUCCUUGUUCACUUCACUCUUUUCACUGACCUACAUCCUUGUCUUCUUCACCCCCUCCCAUCCAUCUUUCUUUUCUCUCAUGUCAUCCUCGAUCUCUCUGUGGACACAGGAGUUCAGGUGGUCACUCAGACAGACAGAAACAAGCUUGUGACUCUGCUUGUUUCUACUUCUUGCGUUCCACCUUUGCGUGCCCUCUCCUGCUUGCCCUCCUUGUCUCUCUCUCUUCCUUCUCUACGGUGUGGUGUGUGUGUGUGUGUCUGUGUGUGUGUGUGUGUGUGUGUGUGUGUGAUGGUGCGUCCCCUCCUCUCGGCCCUGGAGACAUGCCUGUGCAGGAGAUGGCGGUGAGUCCUGUCAAGUCUCUGUACUGGGAGCAGUUCCCUUCCAUGUCACAGUGCCGCGUCUACUGCACGCCCGUUUACCACGAAGGCCUGCUCUAUGUGCUGGGGGGCUGCAGUGAGACCGGCAUGCCUCUGGACAGUGUUGAAGUCCUGGAUGUAGAGAGCCAGACGUGGAGCCAACUGCCUCCACUGCCUACUGCGCGGGCGGGGGCCUCAGCUGUGGUGCUAGGGGGCCAGGUGAUGGUGCUUGGGGGAAUGAAUCAGCAGCAGACCCCUCUGGCCUCUGUGGAAAUGUACCACCCCGAUGAGGGCAAAUGGGAGACAAAGGCGAGUCUGGGUCAGCCAUCCAUGGGAGUCACCACAGUGGAGAAAGUUAGUCUCCAGAUGCAGAUGUGGGUGAAAGAGACUGAGGCGACAGCUGACUGGGGUGCCUCAGGAAGCCUGCAAGACCGCCAUGGGGUGAGCGGCAGUAAGCGUAACGUAACAGCCAACUGGAAUCCACCACUGAAUCUGGACUGGGUGAGAGACCCUGAGCAACCCAGAGAAAAAGGCAGCUGCAACCAUUAA